AUGAGCGAACGCGGAGGGAUUUCGCUGCUGGUGCGCAACGUCAGCCACCGUCUGCGAUCGGAGGACAUCCGCAAAGAGUUUGAGCAGUACGGACAAGUGCGGGACGUGUACAUUCCCAGGGACUUCCACACAAAGGAGCCCAAAGGCUUUGCGUUUGUCGAGUUCCACAGCGAACAUGAAGCCGACGACGCGCGUCGCAAUUUGGAUGGAAUGCGCAUUGACGGCCGUGAUAUUCGCGUCGUGUUCGCCCAGGAACGCCGCAAAUCGACCGAUCAGAUGCGCGAACGCGAAAGGAAGGAGAGACGUGGAGGAGGCCGCCGGUCCCGCUCUAGGUCGUUGCGCCGCCGGGCCCCCCGGGGCCGGUCUCGCUCUCGCGACCGUCGUGUCUCCGUGCGACGCUCGUCUCGCUCACGCUCCCCUAUGAAGGGCCGGGCCCGCUCUCGUUCGGGCUCCCGUGGUCGUUCUCCGGUGGCACGAUCUUGUUCUCCAUCGCCUCGCCGAUCGAUGUCUCCUCGUGCGCUCUCGCCGGCGCGCGGCUCUGUGUCACCAGCUGCUCGAUCGCCGUCACCGGCCUCACCGCCUCAGCGUUUCAGCGGCUAUUCUCGCUCGGCGUCUGCUCGACGAGAUGAAGGUUACCACCUUGCAGCACCGGGCUCUCCUCGCCGCUUUAACGGCCGGGACUAG